AUGGCUCGCCGCCGCGCCAAGGUCUAUGACCAGCAUGGGAAUGAGGUUCGGAACGAGCAUGGCGACUGUACAUAUGCCAAUUACGACGCCGACGACGCUAUCCGCCUCUGCAAGGAGGGAGGACAGUACGGUCGUCCCGAGUUCAUGGAUUGGAGAUAUUGCUCCAGAGCAAAGCAUUGUGCACCUCCUGCGGAUUUUCGGGACGGCGACCGGGAUGACUUUCUCGUCUGCAAGAAGUAUAACCAGCAGUCCUGGAAGUCCAAGCAGGAGGCCAAAAAGAAGCCGCACCUAGUGCGCACUACCCAGGCCACGCCACGCGGCCCCAGAACUCCCAAGAAGGCCAAGGCCACCAAGACCGGCAGAAUCGAGAAGAGCGUCACGCCCAAGAAGACUGAGGUCGCCGCCACCCCCAUCCCCAAGAAGGGCAAGAAGGACAAGAAGGAGAAGAGCGAGCUGUUCGUCUCCUCUUCGGAGGAGAGCGACGACGAGGAUGGCGAAUACGAGACGGAUGUCGACAUGCCUACCGUCCACAUUCCCCGCCGCCACCCCGGCCCUGACGACGAUGGUCCCGGUGGUGGCAUGGGUGGUGGCAUGGGUGGCCAUCUUAUUGCAGUUUAA